CUUUGGUUCACAUGCGCGAAUGCGAGCUAAAGCGAUCUGACUUCACAGUCUCCGUUCACCAUGUCAGUAUGCACUGGUAGUUAUAGAUUUUACUACAUGUUGUAGCUUUUGGAUUCGUCUUCAUACUGUCUGCCCACCGCACCAUGCGUAAACAUGGCCGCCCAAUCUAAGGAAGACCCGCUCCACGUACUCUACACACGCUACAUCACCCUCAUCCGCUCACGCUUCGCCCGUAGCUCACGCCUCACAAAACUUCUCGCAACAGUCUCCCUACUGUUCUCAAUAAUAGGUGCUGGCUAUGGAACGCAACGAUGGUGGUCGCAGCGGCGCGCCGAGAAAGAGACGGGUCGACGACUGCUCCGACGCAACUCCGGCUUGCGUAUGAAGGACGGGACCAGAAUCAUAUAUGUGCCGUAUCGGAACUCGACGUCCAAGGUCACCAUAUACCCGACGAAACCGACCACGUUUGAUGCGCAUCGCAGGUUGUUCCUGGAACCGCCGAGAGCGGCGGGUUUGGGCAAUGGGUAUACACCGCAAGUGCCGCCGCCGCAGACCAAGCCUGGCUUGAACCUGGCCUUCCUUCACCAGUUCCUGAGCUUGUUGAAUAUAAUGAUUCCAAGGUGGAACAGCAAAGAGACUGGUCUGCUGCUCAGUCAUGGAGUGUUCCUUAUGCUGAGGACGUAUCUCUCGUUGGUUGUGGCACGGCUGGAUGGUGAGAUUGUGCGUGAUCUUGUCGCAGGAAAUGGGCGGGCCUUCCUGUGGGGGAUCACGAAGUGGUGUGGAAUAGGAAGCUUGGCUUCAUACACGAAUGCCAUGAUCAAGUUCUUGCAGAGUAAGGUGUCCAUCGCCUUCCGGACCAGGUUGACGAGAUAUAUCCACGACUUGUAUCUGAACAGCAACCUCAGCUACUACAAGCUGUCGAACCUGGAUGGUGGGAUAGGGCAAGGUGCCGACCAGUAUAUCACGCAGGACCUUACGUUGUUCUGUGCUUCAGCUGCAUCGCUGUACUCGUCGCUCGGCAAGCCAUUCGUGGACUUGUGUGUCUUCAACUAUCAACUCUGGAGGUCACUAGGGCCAAUCGCUUUUACAGGGUUACUGUCCAACUAUUUCUUGACAGCGACGCUGCUGAGGAAAUUAUCACCUCCAUUCGGGAAGCUGAAGGCCGUUGAAGGCAAGCGAGAGGGAGAUUUCCGCGCGUUGCAUUCGAGGCUGAUUAUGAAUGCUGAAGAGGUGGCAUUUUACGGUGGUGAUCAAAUGGAGAAGAUGUUCCUCGAGAAAGAGUUCAAGCAACUAAAACACUGGAUGGAAGGCAUCUACAGUCUGAAGAUCCGAUACAACAUGCUCGAAGACUUUGUGCUGAAGUACUCCUGGUCGGCAUUCGGUUAUCUCAUCACCUCGUUACCUGUCUUCUUGCCUGCAUGGGGUGGUCUUGGCGGAGCUACAGAGUUGCUGGAUGCUGGCAAACCUGGCUCUCGCGAGAACGGGCGAAUGAAGGAAUUCAUCACGAACAAACGCCUCAUGCUCUCAUUGGCCGAUGCGGGCGGCCGUAUGAUGUACUCCAUCAAAGACCUGUCCGAGCUCGCCGGCUACACCUCUCGAGUAUACACACUCAUCAGCACGCUCCAUCGCGUCCACGCCGACGCCUACUUCCCACCAGCAGGCCAACGACCCGACCUCUACUCGCUCUGCGACGUCCAAGGCACAGUCCACAAAGGCUUCGACGGCAUCCGUCUAGAACACGUGCCAAUCGUAGGCCCAGGCCUGUUCCCCCACGGCGGCGAAGAGCUCAUCGAAUCCCUAUCCUUCAUCGUCCACUCCGGCGAGCACCUGCUCAUCACCGGACCCAACGGCGUCGGCAAAAGCGCAGUCGCCCGCGUCGUUGCCGGGCUCUGGCCUACCUACCGCGGCCUCGUCAGCCGGCCCCGUCUCCCCGGCAUGGACGGCGUCAUGUUCCUCCCACAGCGGCCCUACCUCAGCACCGGCACCCUCCGCGACCAGGUCAUAUACCCGCACACCGAGCUCGACAUGCGGGACUCUGGCCGCCGCGACAUCGAACUCAGCCAGAUCCUCGAGAACGCCAAACUGGGCUACCUUCCCGACCGCGAGGGCGGAUACGAUACCAGGAAGGACUGGAAGGAUGUGCUUAGCGGCGGCGAGAAGCAGCGUAUGGGCAUUGCCAGGCUGCUCUAUCACGAGCCGCGCUACGCUUUUCUGGACGAGGGCACGAGCGCUGUUAGUAGUGAUGUCGAGGGCCUGCUCUACGAACGCGCCAAGGCAAAGGGCAUCACCCUAAUAACAAUCUCCACCCGCGCCUCCCUCAAACGCCACCACACCUUCACCCUCACCCUCGGCAGCGGGCCCCACGGCGACGAAUGGGAAUUCCAACAAAUCGGCACCGCGAGCGAGAAGUCCUCUGUCGAAAAGGAACUCAACGAUCUGCGUGACCGGCUGGCUAAAGUGGAGGAGUGGAAGCUGCGCAGGAGUGAGAUUGAGAGGGAAUGACGAUGAGGGUGAUGAAGUGAGAGAGGCUGGUGGAGAUGGAGAUGCUGAUAUCGAUGCUGAUGCCGGUCUGUCUGAGGUACAGACAUAGAGACGGGCGGGUGUACAUGCCAUAGGAAAGAUCCAAGAACAAAGUAGAGCUGCGCGCAAGUGUACCAAUAUCGUAAUGCUAUUGCUAUUCCAGGCAUAGAGAUGAAUGGAUACAUCCACCGGGUAGAACAG